AUGACCGUCCAGAACGUAGAAGCUGCAAAGAAGCGAUACUCAAAUGAGAUGGCCGACUUCACGUUGCGCAAAUGGAAUAAAGUGCGGCAACAACAGGAGCAAGCCAACGCAAAGCGUCAGCUCGCUGCUCCAGCAUACGCUUUCGCCGGAGACUUAGAAGAAGACCGCGGGCGUACACUCAUGAAAAAGCGCGCGGCCCCCAUUCUGAAGAUGCCAGGCAGGGAUGGCAUCUAG